AUGAAAGUCUACAUCAAGUUGAUGCUCAGCUUUGCUGUGCUGAACCUCUUGUCCACUCUUGUUACUGCAGGCCCAGAAAAAUGGAUGCCCCGAGCCCGCUACAAGAGACAUUCCAUCUUCCCGCGACAAUCGUCUACACCGACGGGCGUGAAUCCCACAGACUCCUCGUUUUUCAUUGGCCAGGUGGACUACGGAACAGAUGUGUCGCUCCAGAUCUCGGGUUCCAAUCUCAUUGUCAACUACCCAGUGACCAAGGAUUUCAUUUACACCGACGUCCAUGUCUGGAUUGGUACUGGAACGGCCCCAGGUAAUCCUGGUGGAUACCCGUACACGCUGGGGAAUGGGGCUUGCACUCUAAACGGUGGAGCAACAAGUGCGACUUGCACUAUCCCAAUCUCUGGCAUCACAACCAAGUGUGACACAACGACAAAAUACAAUAUUGUGACUCAUGCCUCCGUCAAAUCCCCAACCCUUGGAGAUCAAACUGGAACUGCUGGUCAAGACACGUUUCAAAACAACUGGUGGAAUCACAACAACUACUACAAAGCCUCCUGUGACAACAACAACUACCACCAAGCCGCCAGUCACAACAACCACCACCACUAA